UCCACGCGCGAACAUCAUCACAGCAUCAACAGCAGCGCACCGCAACGUUACAGGAGAAGGAAAAAAGGGACAAAGCGACAAAGGCCAAAUAAGGCUGCAGGUAGCAGACAGAGAGCCAUGCUGAAAGGGGGCAGCGCCAAGGCGGGGCUGCCCAAGCCGAGCCUCCAGGAGCGGGCCAAGCAGGCCUCGGCCGCCCCCUCCGCCCCCGCCUUCGCCAUGAAGACCUCCAGAUCCUCCAACACCCUGGCCUCGGACCUGCGCCAGAGCAGGCUGAAGAGAGCCAGCAGUGACGAUGCCUUGGCCAAGCCUGCUGCGGGAGCGAUGGCGUCGGGCUCCAGGAUGAGGAAGACGGUGACCACCGGAGCCAUCUCUGACCUGGCGGAGGCCCGGCCUCGGGGCUUCUCAGGUGUCCAACCAGCCAAGAAGUCCGGCAUCCCAGCCCCUAGGGAGAUCGCUCCCACCGUCCCCAGGGAGCGCGUGUCUCUCCGGGACCAGCUGAGAACGUCCACAGCCAAGAAGAUGGUGCCCAGCUCCAGCACCUCCAGCCUGUCCACCCUGGCCAAGCAGCGGGGCUCCACAAAGGGGCGGGCGGACGCCGAGGGCGUGGACAAGGGCCUGCUCGAGUGCCAGGUGAAGGAACUGCUGGCGGAAGCCAAGGCCAAGGAGUUUGAGAUCAGCAAGCUGAGGAUGGAGCUGCAGCGCUGCCGGGGCAAGGCCUCCUCCUGCUCCCCCUCCUCCGGCACGCCCUCGCCCCAGGAGGGAGGCCCCGAGCAGGGGCGGGCCCUGCCCGGCGAGGCCCUGGUCCUGGUGGGGGAGCUGAGGGAGAAGAACGGCAAGUUCCAGCGAGAGCUAGCUGCUCUGCGGGAGGAGAACCAGAGCCUGAAGGAGAAGCUGCUGUCCCUGGAGGCCUCUCCUCUCUCCAGCAACAGCACCUCGAACGCCAGCCCCUCCAAGCCCUCCGUCAACGGGCUCCCCUCCGACGACGCCGCGUCAGAACUCCCCCGCCCGCCCGCCGGCGGCAGCCCACUCCAAACAUCCGUCUCCUCCGGCAGCGACAUCACCAAGGGCUCCCCCUCGCCCGACUCCUCGGAGUUUGAGAAGAUCCCCUCGCGGUCCGACUCGGCGAACAGCGGCGUCGGCGGUGUGAAGGGUCUGUCGGCGACGGAUGGGGGUCGCGACCCCUCGGUGGAGAGCCUGACCGAGCAGAUCCAGAAGAUGGAGGAGAGCCACCACAGCACGUCGGAGGAGCUCCAGGCCACCCUCCAGGAGCUGGCCGACCAGCAGCAGGUGGUCCAGGAGCUCACGGCGGAGAACGAGCGCCUGGCCGAGGAGAAGGGCCUCCUGCAGGCCUCCCUGCAGCAGCAGAGGGAGAGGCUGGAGCUGCUGGCCCAGAAGAACGAGGCCCUGGCCUCCAGGCUCCAGGAGCAGGCCCUGCUCCAGGCCCAGAGGGAGGAAGAGGAGGAGGAGGAGGCCAGCCAGGGGCCCCGUCUGGCCGAGCUGGAGCAGCGGUACUCGGACCUGGUGGAGGGCUCACGCUUCGAGAGGGAGAAGCUGGUGGGCAUCCAGCAGCAGCUGACGGGGAGCCUGAGAGCCCUGGAGCAGGAGCACCAGGACGCCCAGGGCCAGGCGCGCUCCCUCAGGGAGGAGAGGGACGGCCUCCAGGCCCGCGUGGCCAGGGAGGUGGAGGCUGGGGGUCGGGCCGCCCGGGCCCUGGAGGAGCUCCGGGCGGCGGCGGACGGCCUGAGGGGGGAGAACGGGCGCCUGAAGGCCCAGGUGGACGUGGAGAAGCAGAAGGUGUGCGAGCUGAAGGCCAUGCAGAGCGCCAGCGACAACACGGAGCUGCAGGGCCUGCUGAAGGCGGCUCACCUGGAGAGAGACAGGCUGGAGGGGGAGGUGACGGAGGGGCGACAGGAGCGGCUGCAGGCCCAGGCGGACGCCGAGCACGUCCGGGCCUUGCUCACCAAGACGGAGGAGGAGUGUCGGCUGGUCCAGCAGCGAGCUGAGAGGAGGGAGCUGGACCUGAGCGAGAGGGUCAGCGCCCUGGAGGAAGACAGGCAGCAAGCCGAGGCCCAGAUUAAGGACCUGAAGGAGACCAUCUUCGAGCUGGAGGACCAGGUGGAGCAGCAGAGGGCGGUGCACCUGCACACCAACCAGGCCAUCCUGGACUUGGAGAACCAAGUCAAGAAGUUGGAGGAGCAGAAGGCCGAGGUGGAGCGACAGCUGAAGAUCCUCAGAAAGCAGAUGAAGGACGAGACGGAGGAGUGGCGGCGCUUCCAGGCGGACCUCCAGACGGCGGUGGUGGUGGCCAACGACAUCAAGGUGGAGGCCCAGCAGGAGCUGCGCUCGCUGCGGAGGAGGCUGCAGGAGGAGCAGGAGCACAGCGCCAAGCUCUCCUCCGACCUGGAGCAGCUGCAGGGGGUCGGCAGACUCGGCCCUGGAGCCAGUUUUGAUACCAAGACUGCCGUGGAAGGCCGGUAGGAGACCCCGGCCUCACCGAGCCCAGAUGAACACAGUGUUAUUGUACUGAUCUGUUUCCCUCAGUACCACCAUGCUAAACGUCACAUUGUACAGAGGUCUGAUCACCUGCCAGGGUGACCAGUACCGAUGCAGUAUAUUCCCAAACCGACAGGAUUCACCGAUUGACUGUACUCGUGAACCGGUCCUUUUGGAAAUAUUUGGAAUAAAAUGUCAUUUGUCAUUUGCAUAUUUGCUCAAAUGUUUGUGACGAUCUUUUCCUUCGGUCAAGAGAAGUGAUCAGUGAUUUGCAGACACGUUUGUUUUUCUCUGUCUUUUUCCUUUGCCUUUUAACAGCUGAAAUUGCCAUGGUAGAUAAUCAUUUGUUUAUUGAAAUAUAAUAAUCUGCAGUUGGUGAAACCAACUCUUGCUGGGUUUACACAUGCAGCUCUGAGAAUCAGAGUUGGUAUCAAAAGGAGUUGUCUCAUUAUCACAACAGGCUGGCCAGUUAUAUGAACAGUGGAGUUAGAUUUACAAGUUUAAAUAGUUUCUCAUUUGGAUUUAUUUCUAAUAGAUGUCUGCUUUCCAGCGAGAAUCGGGCUGUUUCCUGGAAUAUCUCGUCAACUCAAAAUUCUGGCAUAACCACAAUUGAGAGAUAAUAUUACAUUUAGCCGGACAAGUUUUCUAGUUGCAUUAUUCACAAACCUAUGUUCCCUCUCAUCUCUGUCCUACAAUCACUAUCUGUUAAGUGGUUUAAUAAUGUUUACGUUUUGUGAAGUUUAAUGACCACAUAAUUUCACUUCUAUGAGAUUAUCCUUGCAGACACAUGUUUGGUGUUGUACAGUGGUAAGUUAGUUGGAGAAAACAAGCCACGUUUCGCUUCUAUCCACAAGUUCUUUGCGCCACGUUGUUCUGUGAGUGUCGUAAUAAACCACUAGGAGGCACUAUAAACCAAUAAUCCAGCGGCUCAUUAACUGGGCUCCUUGGUCAGACUUACCUCUGCACUGGACCUGAGUUGUGUGUUGGACCACUCUUUUCUAAAUGCUCACCAGUUUGAGGUCAAUGCUGAGCUGCAGUAACAUAUCACAUAUAGCAACACAGGAAGUACACAAGUACUCAGGAAGACACAUGGAAGCCAUGAUGGUAGAUGCCUGUCACUGCCCUAAUCAGUUAUCACUGCCUCAAACUUACAGCGGUGCCUCUAUAUCAACAUGAUCAACUCACAAUGUGUGUUCCCAUAGAGCUGGUGAAACUGUAGUAGUAUUUAUUUGUACUAUGAAUGUUUUACUGCUCAUUCUAAAGCAACCCCUCCUUCAGGACAACCCAUUUACUCACUUAUUCAGGGUAGACAUGUGAUCAUUGUCGCCCAUAAACCUCCACACAGACUAACUGGCAUCUCAUCAAUCUCAGGUUAUUAUCACUCCCCCUGAAUGAGACUUAUAAUAUGAAUGCAGUCUUACAAAAGCCAUAGUGCUCAACCAGAGACAAACAUUAAGGACUGUCGGUUUGAUGUUGCCAAAAAUACGACCUGGAAAAGAUGAUGUGCUAAACCUGUAUCUGUCUGCAGUUCAGCCAUUUAUCCAACUACCCAGUGAAUGUGCAACUAUUUUAAGUUAUUCGUAGGUUGAGUGAGUCUGGUUGUAUGCCUGUGACAGAUCAAAAUAUACAAUGCUGUUUAUCCAGAGACAUAGUCAAUGUACAGUGUUUGUCUGGUUCAACCUUUUUGUAUUUGUCCAUUGGUAAGUCAAUAAAUGAACUGACUCCAGUCUGGCCAUCCUUGUGUACGCUUGUUUGGAGUCUGCUCUCAUUGGACGGUGAAACGAGUUCUGCUUUCUCGUCAGAUUCCUCACCUCAUAUCCCCUUACCCUUCCGUCAAUGACGAGCUUUCAUCACUCACUGCCAGUCCGCGCUAGUUAAUAACCUGCGGCCCAGUGUUUACAGCAGGAGUCAGGAGGAAUCAUUUGUACCCCGAACUCUAUCGAGCGCUUAGUCCUAAAUUAGGGCAGAUUAGCGGUUAUUGACAUUGUAAUCUGAUUAUGCUGCCGAGAACCUCAGGUUUAUCCUUUGAGCAAAUAUUACAUUAGUCGGGCAAUGUACUGAACAAACAUCUCAUCAUUGGCUGGCUAUGUAAGAUUGAUUGAUUGAUUGAGAUUAAGAUUGAGCCAUUGUUUUGAUAUGAUCCAGCUAGUUAACGAUUGCCUUUGCGAUAAGACUUCAAAAAGAGAGUUAAGAAAUGUGUGCAUUGUUUGUACAGACUCUGGCACAACUACAUGUCAACACUCAUUUUUCCAAGGUAGGCUCAGUAUGACACAUAUUGGCGUUAUGUCAAAGAUACCCAAUUGACUACGUCCUGACAUUGAGCUACGACAGAGAGCUAUACAAUCUCCAUCUCCCCCCCCCCCCCCCGACAG